AAUGAGUAGGUGACGUCAGAGCGUGAGCUCCCAGAGAGAGCGCAUAACAAACAUGGCGACAGGAUGGUACGGAGGAAAGGGGAUUACGCUGAGUUUUAUUCUGUUGCUGUGGCCCGGAGUGAGCGAGACCGAGAACGAGAGCAGUAUCUUCGGCAUGCGCUUGGAGAGAAGCGACAAGCCCGCGGCGACCACCGAUGACGGCAUCGUCCAGGUGACGGAGAACAGCAGAAUCCUGCUCAGGUUGUACGGACUGCACAUCACCAAUGACACCUGGUCGCAGGUGAGGUUCGUGGAGGUCGGGGACAACAGCGAUGACUCUCAGAGCAGUGAGAGGUUUAACAGGACUUGCGCUGAUUUCACCAAAGACAUCAUUAUUGAAAGCGGCGUGACCGUGAACAGUCAGGGGACCUCAGGGGUAUUGAAGAUGAAGACCAAGCUGUUGAGGAAAAGUGAGGUGCAGAAGGAUUACGCGCUGUGCAUCAGGAACGACCAAGACGCGAGGUGGUACCUGCUGGGAGAGAAUGAUGGUAGGAUCCGUGUGGUAGAGGAGAAGAAGUCCCUGCUUCCUCUGUGGCUUCAGGUGAUCGUGAUCUUCUGCCUUCUGGUGCUGUCUGGCAUGUUCAGCGGUCUCAACCUGGGUCUGAUGGCUCUGGAUCCCAUGGAGUUGCGCAUCGUCCAGAGCUGUGGCACUGACAAGGAGAAGAAGUAUGCACGUAAGAUCGAGCCCAUCCGAAGGAAAGGUAACUACCUGUUGUGCUCGCUCCUUCUUGGGAACGUGUUGGUCAACACGACUCUCACCAUCCUUCUGGACGAUCUCAUAGGUUCAGGCAUCGGAGCUGUAAUCGCUUCCACCGUCGGCAUUGUCAUAUUCGGUGAGAUCGUUCCUCAAGCUCUGUGUUCUCGCCAUGGCCUGGCGGUCGGUGCCAACACCAUCCUGGUCACCAAAUUCUUCAUGCUGAUCACCUUCCCGCUCUCCUAUCCCAUCAGCAAGCUCCUGGAUUUCGUUUUAGGUCAGGAGAUCGGCACCGUGUACAACCGGGAGAAGUUUUUAGGGAUGUUGAAGGUCACUGAGCCGUAUAACGACCUGGUCAAAGAGGAGCUGAAUAUGAUCCAGGGUGCACUGGAGCUCAGGACCAAAACGGUCGAGGAUGUCAUGACGCCGCUUUCGAACUGUUUCAUGAUUCACAGCGAUGCCGUGUUGGACUUCAACACCAUGUUGGAGAUCAUGGAGAGCGGGUACACGCGCAUCCCGGUGUACGAGGAAGAGCGCACUAAUAUCGUGGACGUCCUGUAUGUGAAGGACUUGGCCUUUGUGGAUCCAGAUGACUGCACGACUCUGAAGACUAUCACCAAGUUUUAUAACCACCCCGUCCACUUUGUGUUCCACGACACCAAGUUGGAUUCCAUGCUGGAGGAAUUUAAGAAAGGUAAGUCCCACUUGGCCAUCGUCCAGAAGGUGAAUAAUGAAGGAGAAGGUGAUCCGUUUUACGAGGUAUUGGGAUUAGUGACUUUGGAGGACGUUAUUGAAGAGAUCAUCAAAUCAGAGAUUCUGGAUGAGUCUGACCUUUACACUGACAAUCGGAACAGAAAAAAGGUGGCGCCUAAUAAAAACAAGCGAGACUUCUCUGCCUUCAAGCACGAGAGUGAAUCUCAAGUUAAAAUCUCUCCUCAACUGCUAUUGGCUGCCCACCGAUUCCUUGCCACAGAAGUGAAUUUAUUCAGCCAAUCUCAGAUCUCUGAGAAGGUCCUGUUGAGGAUCUUAAGGCACCCUGAUGUUAUUGAGGAGAUCAAAUUCAACGAGAAUGACAAACGCUCACCUCAUCAUUAUGUCUAUCAGCGUGGCAAAGCUGUCGACUACUUCAUCCUCAUACUGCAGGGUCGUGUGGAGGUGGAAGCUGGUAAUGAGAAUAUGAAGUUUGAGACGGGACCCUUCUCCUACUACGGUGUUAUGGCACUUAAUGCCACAUUAGGGAAAGUUACUCGUCCUUGCCACCUCUCUCUAAUGAGGUGUCCUAUCUUCUCCCGUAUUCCAGAGUUCCGUUCACCGUCUCACAUCAGCGGUCUGAACCGUUCAACAUCUCUUAACUGCACGGAUCGCUCAGAGUCUCAGUCCAUCAGUGGCAGCAACACGCAGCUGAACAGUUCCCCCUCCAUGCAGUACAUCCCCGACUUCAACGUGCGUGCACUGACGGACCUGCAGAUCGUCAAGAUCACUCGGUCGCAGUAUCAGAACGGUCUGAUGGCGUCUCAGUUGGACAAUUCCCCCCAGUCUCCAGACAGCGGACAGAUGCGUGUGGAGAACAGCAUGCCUGCAGUGUCUCAGUCUCCAUCCGACAACACGCUCACACUCCCCAUGACGGACACGCUGCCAGACGAACACACGUCACUCCUAAACGAGCAGAACUGCUUGCCCACUCGCCAGGCCAAUCACAGCGAGAUCUGAUGCUCAUGCACAACUUUCUAACAGCAUGCUUAGAGACUACCAUCAAACACACUACUUUAUAUACACACCCUUUCCAUCCUGAUUAAUAAAACCGGCAGAUGACUGAAUUACAGACACAUACACCCAUAUAAAUUAUUUAACAUUUUCACAUUCUUCAGUCAUACAAAUUUAAGCUGCCAAAAGGAAGGGCAUGAACUGGAGGGAGGAAAAAAAAACUGUGUGAUUGCACUGAGAAGUUAAGUCUGGAUCAUAGAAUGCCUGGACUGAGUAGAUUUUGAGCUAACCAUCCAUCUGGGCAUUUUAAAGACUGAUUUAUUUUUUUUUAAAGGAGGAAUAUUUGUUUAGAAACCAAAUGCUUUAUUUUCUGGUUUUCAAUGGAAAAGUGUAGUUCAUGGGGAAAGCGGUUGAAUUAGAUUUUGCUUGACAUCAAAUUUACGGUCAAGUUAAAUAAAAGGUCAAAUAAAACCAUAGAUUAAAGGAAUACUUCAGUGCUUUUCAGACUAAUCUCUAUCCACUGCACAUGUAGUGUAUGUCUGAUGAACACAAAUAAGAAUUUCAAUGCGAGGAAAAACUUAAUAAAAGAGCAGUUGGAAUGUCAAGAAACAGUUAUAUGAAACAUACUGUUUGAUCGAGUGUACUUGUAAAUUAAGCUCUAAAUAUGUAUAAUUUAUUGUUUUAUAGUUGAGACUAUGUUUUUGACAUUGAAGAAUGGGUUAUACACCACCGGUCAAAAGUUUAGACACUCAUUCUUUAUCUACUCCAACCCCCCCCCUUUAUAAUAAUAAUAAUAAUAAUAAUAAUAAUAAAGUCAUCAAAACUCUGGAGUAACACAAAUGGAACUAUGGGAAUUAUGUUGUGAUAAAAGAAAAUCCAAAAUAAAUCUAAAUAAUUUCAUAUUUUAGCAUCUUCAAAGUAGAUUCGCUUUUUGUCUAGAAUUUCCAGAAAUGUAUUCUCGUUUACUCACCGGAUUUCUUGAGGAAUUUCCCUGAGAUGCUUUUUAAACAGUAUUAAAGGACUUCACACCUAUGCCGGACUCUUAUCGGCUGCUUUUCGGAAUAUUUCGCUUCAGAUCAUCUGUUUUUAAAAAAUAUUUGUAAAUAUUAUGCUAGUUUUCUAAUGAAAGAAAGGAAUAUGUUGCCACAAUUAUAUUUUUGUCUACGACACCGAUUUCAAACAUUUAAUACACACCUUCAGAUCAAAAGGUUUUUAAGAUCAUGAGAAACAUUUCAGUCGAGUGUCCACAAACUUUUGACCGGUAGCGUAUCUAAAAACUUAAACAAAGUGAUUCAGUUGAUCAGCCUUUACUGCACUUUUGCAACAACUGGCUCAUGCUUUUACACGCUUGCAGGAUAAUGUUUACUGUGAUGAUUCAGUAUUUUGUCUAUUCUAGGUUUCUUCACUCGCAACCUUAUAAAAACAUGGAAAUUUAGUCAAUGCCGUUUAACAAUGGCCCUUAAACUUCCAUAUUUAAAGUCGUCAUUUUCUCUGAUCCUUUCUUAGUAUGGGGAAAUGUGUCACAAUUAUUGUCUGUAGUAAUCAUGACUACACUACGGGUAUGGUAAGAAGAGAUUAAGAUGAAAGCACUGAACUGUUCCUUUAAGAAACUUGUGUGUUCAUCAUCAGCUGUUUUAAAGAAUCAACUUCUUUAAUCCGAAUCGCACCAAAAUCCAAGACGUAUCUCAGGGAGACUAAGCACCACGUAUAUAAUCUAUAUGUUAAACAAGUCUGUUUUUCACGAUACAACUAUAGAACAAGUGACCGAAAAAACUAAAGCAUGUUGAAAUUUCAUCUCGUAUCGAGUCCAUGUAUUCGCCUACUGUAAGUGAACUUUCUAAUGGUCUGUGGACAUCUCUUCAUGUUUAAGUAGUGAAUCACUGUCAAGUGAAACACUGUAUAUGUGUGACCUUGACUCUAGUCAUUGUUUUGCAAUGACUCCAUAAUACACUUGUUUUUUUGUUUUGUUUUUUUCAUUCCAAAUUGAGCAAGGCUAUAUCAGAGAAAGUGGAAUGCUUUCCUGUUUCAGAGGAAGAUGUCUUGCAUAAACAAGCUUUAAGACUUUGUGGUUCAACUAUUGAACUUGAAGGUAACCCACCAGAAAUAUAUAUAUAUAUAUAUAUAUAUAUAUAUAUAUAUAUAUAUAUAUAUAUAUAUAUAUAUAUAUAUAUAUAUACUGUAUUUAUUUGACAUAUAAAGUCAAAGUUGUAUAUUUUCUUGUGAAAUGUACUUUUUUUUUCUAGUUGUGUUUUAUUGUUCUUGCCUCCAGAACAUGUAUUUCAGAUCAACAGCAUAUCUUGGUACUGAAUCAUCUGUUUCACAUUUCUGGUCCACUUAAAAGACAAUCCGUAGUCACAUCCAAGCCAAAAAUAUCUUUAUUUAUAUGAAAUUGGAUCCGAAGAAUCCCGGAAAUGAUAUUAUAGGUUUUUGAUGAUGUAAAAUGUUCUUGUUUCAUUUGUUUUUAGGUUCUGGUUCUUUUUUUCCACUGUGAGGAUUUUAUUUUGCUUUAUACCAAAUCAUCCUAAACAACCUGUAUGCAGGACAACAGUGUUAGCCAAAUAAAUAUCAGAAAGCCUCUUCUUCAUAA